AUGCUGACACGGGUGCCCCAGGCCGGCACCUCCUCCACCUCGCUGAACGACUCGACGACGGGUACGCUCAACAGGCUCAACGGCCGCUGGAAAGUCUCGGCCAAGAUCCAGCAAGCUCCUCAACACGCUGAAGCGGCCCAAGCGUCGCCCGCUGCCGACCCCAACGCUCCGCAACCAGAAGGUGGUUCCAUGAUGCCGGCCCUUGGUGAUCAACUCAGGUCACUGGAGGCGGCCAUCCAGCGUUAUGGCUCGUCGAGCUAUAAAGCCGCCGCCGCCACCGUCCCCGACCCCAACGGCAAAAUGUUGACCACUUUGACUUACGGCAAAUUGCAGAGCCGCUCUUACAAGAUCGCCUACGCUCUGCUGAACAAGUUGAGCAAACAUGGCGGCGAUGGGGUGGUAGGAAGCGGGACGGACGAGCUGAUGGGCAGCUUGAGCGUCAAGCCCGGUGAUCGGGUCGCUCUGGUCUACACCAACAGCGACGCCAUCGGUUUUAUAUGCGCCUUUUACGGCUGUCUGCACGCCGGCGUCGUGCCCGUUCCCAUCGAAGAGCCGCUGACGAGAUGCGACACCGGGUCGCAGCAGAUCGGCUUCCUGCUGGUUUCGUGCGGCGUCCAGGUGGCCCUCACGUCCGACAUUUGCCUAAAGGGACUGUCAAAGAUGGCUUCCAGUGGCAAAGUCAUCGCUUUCAAGCGAUGGCCCAAAUUGCACUGGUGCGUCACCGACAACCUCAUCUAA